CCGCCAAGAGAAGAAAUGCCUGAAGAGCUGCAGAGAGCGGCCUCGGAGGGUAUGAUGAAGCCACCAGGGCCUUUGGGGGCAGCUGCCCCUGGGGUGAUGCUACCUUCCCCACCGCCUGGACCACAGCAGUUUGGCCAGAAUGCACCUUAUGCCUCCAGCGUCCCAGGCCUGCCUCCCCAAAGAUUCACAGGCCCUGCACCUGUGCACAGUGUGGCCUCCGCAUGUGCCCCCUACCAACCCUCUGCACAGCCGUCCUACCCGAGUCCCGCGUCCACGUCACCCGUCACCCAGCUGGGCGGCCAGCUUGGGGCCAUGCAGCUCAACAGCCACGGUCCCAGCGCGGGCCCCGCCGGCCCUCCCGCGUUCCCAGGCCCUCCGCAGCCCGCGCCGCCCUCCAUUCUGCAGCCGGGGCCCCGGGUGCUGCCGCCACCGCCCACUGCGCUGAACGGCCCUGGUGCGCCCCCGCCAGCCGCAGGCACAGCCUUCCCGCCUCAGGCUGCCGGCUAUGGCCCGCAGAUGGGCGCACCCGCGUCCUACCCUGGAGGCCUCGCCCCUGGCCCUGCGCGCAUGGCUGGGCCGCAGCCCCCAAAGCAGCUGGACCCUGAUGCUGUCCCCAGCCCGAUCCAGGUGAUCGAGAGUGACAGAGCAGCCAGAGGGGGACAAGUGUAUACCACCAAUACCAGAGGCCAGGUCCCGCCCCUGGUCACCACCGACUGUGUGAUUCAAGACCAAGGCCAUGCCAGUCCCCGGUACAUCCGCUGCACCACCUACUGCUUCCCCAGCUCCUCGGACCUGGCCAAGCAGGCGCAGGUCCCGCUGGCUGCCGUCCUCCAGCCCUUCGCCACGCCCCCUGCUGACGAGACACCCCUGUACCUGGUGGACCAUGGAGAGAGCGGGCCAGUCAGGUGCAACAGGUGCAAGGCCUACAUGUGUCCGUUCAUGCAGUUCAUCGAGGGCGGCAGGAGGUACCAGUGUGGGUUCUGCAGCUGUGUGAAUGAAGUCCCACCAUUCUAUUUCCAACAUCUGGACCACCUUGGGAGAAGACUGGACCACUAUGAGAAGCCCGAGCUUUCGCUGGGGUCUUAUGAGUACGUGGCCACGUUGGAUUACUGCAGGAAGAACAAGCCUCCCAGCCCGCCGGCCUUUAUCUUCAUGAUCAACGUUUCAUACAGCAACAUCAAGAGUGGGCUGGUGAAGCUCAUCUGUGAGGAACUGAAGACGGUGCUGCAGCGGCUUCCAAGGGAAGAGCACGAAGAGUCGUCUGCAGUUCGCGUUGGGUUUAUCACCUACCACACAGUUCUUCACUUCUUUAACGUGAAGAGCAACUUGGCCCAGCCUCAGAUGAUGGUGGUGACCGACAUUGGAGAGGUCUUUGUUCCUCUGCUGGAUGGGUUCCUUGUCAACUAUCAAGAGUCCCAGUCGGUGAUUCACAACUUGCUGGACCAGAUUCCAGGGAUGUUUGCAGACUCCAAUGAGAACGAGGCCGUCUUCGCUCCUGUGGUCCAGGCGGGCAUGGAGGCUCUGAAGGCAGCAGAGUGUCCUGGCAAGCUGUUCAUCUUCCAUUCCUCCUUGCCAACUGCUGAAGCGCCAGGGAAGCUCAAAAACAGAGACGACAAGAGACUGCUCAACACAGACAAGGAGAAGAUUCUUUUCCAGCCCCAAACCAGUGUCUAUGAGUCUCUGGCCAAAGACUGUGUGGCCCAUGGCUGCUCUGUGACCCUCUUCCUCUUCCCCAGUCAGUAUGUGGAUGUGGCCUCCUUGGGCCUUGUUCCUCUGCUCACCGGGGGAACUCUUUACAAGUACAGCGAUUUCCAGAUGCACUUGGAUAGCCAGCAGUUCCUGAAUGACCUCAGAAGUGACGUGGAGAAGAAAAUAGGUUUUGAUGCCAUCAUGCGGGUGCGGACCAGCACAGGUUUCAGAGCCACAGACUUCUUUGGUGGGGUCUUCAUGAACAACACCACAGACGUGGAGAUGGCUGCCCUGGACUGUGACAAGGCUGUGACGGUGGAGUUCAAGCAUGACGACAGGCUCAGUGAGGACAGUGGCGCCCUGAUCCAGUGUGCUGUGCUUUACACCACCAUCGGGGGUCAGCGGAGACUUCGGAUUCACAACCUCGGCUUAAACUGUAGCUCCCAGCUAGCAGAUCUUUACAAGAGCUGUGAGACGGAUGCCCUCAUCAACUUCUUUGCCAAGUCAGCUUUUAAAGCAGUUCUACACCAGCCUUUGAAAGUCAUCCGGGAAAUCCUAGUUAAUCAGACUGCACACAUGUUGGCGUGUUACCGCAAGAACUGCGCCAGCCCGUCUGCAGCGAGCCAGGUACGCCUACCUGGACCCUCCCUGAAGCUCCUUUCUGUGCGUUGACGACGGUCAGCCUGCAUGCUUUAUUCUCCUGCAUUGAUGGUCCCAGGAGCGUCUCAAUCUGCUCAUGUGGUCCUGUGGUUGAGCAGUGCACCACUUUGGCAUGCCACAGCCCCAUACCGAGGCGCCGGGAGCUCAUGGGACCCUGUGGGCCUCAGCAUCUGUAGUCAGGCAAGCAGAGUCCAGAAGCAGCACUUGCCAGGCUCUGCCGCUUGUCCCUGAGUCCUGGCAGAGCUGCGCUGUCUCGGGAGCCCCUCCUUCAGGAUGCGGUGGCUGAACGGAUGCUGUUAACAUUCUCUGCACAUCAGGAUGAUUGGGAACCUGAGAAAAGCAAAUCUGUUAAGGAAAAGGAAGCCAGGCCCUCCUCCUUCCUGGUCUGCUGCCGGAGGCGCUGUCCCGUGCCAGGCCUUCUCCUCGGCAGCGUGUUGUGCGUAAAGACACCACAGUGCCCCGCUCUCGGCACGUCGACGGAGCCAUUCCUGCUCACAUAUGGACUUUUAUUCCUCCACUAGCACAUUUCAGGCCCUUCGACCAGUGAUGCCCUUGAAACAGUGAUGUAACUUAGCUGCUGUCGUGGAGUCCAGAAGACAGAGGUCAGGAACCGUUAGAACAGAGCUCUACUGAAGCAAGGCAGUAGCCAGAAGCAGAAGGGCCGAGCUAGCUUCAGGUUCUCUGCAGAAGCUGCAGUGAAGCUGGAGGUGCUCCUGCCGCUCAUGUGAGGGAAUCAGAUCGUGCCUCACAUGGAGCCAGACAGCCCAGGAGGAGCCGUGUCCUCGACAUGACCCUGGCCUCCACGUAGGGAUGAGGCUGAGGCAGGAGAACGUGCUGGGGACAGAGUUCAGGGAGCCCCCAGGCUGUGGGAGGCGCUGGGCCGAGACUGGCUGGACACAGCACUGAAACGAAAUGUUAGGGCCAUUUGCUUUGUCAACUCCAGCAGCUCACUGUUCUGAGCUUGAACGCGUUACGCCAUUUGGGGUAUAAGGACUUCUAAAGGCAAAUCAGAUGACCUCACUUGCACAUUAACCCUUGUUUUGUCAUUUCUAAAUGCAAAGAAACGCUUCCCUGACUCAAGCAAACUGGACCCUGCUCCUUUCUCACCUGCAGCGUUUCUCUCCAGGAGUGAUCGCAUCGUGGAGGGGCCUCAGAGCUGGGGAGGAAGGUUUCAUAGUGACAGUCUGUUGCGACACCUUCUUCUUCCCCUCAUGAACCUUGACUAAGUCAGCUUCUUAUUUGCUUUGACCUGUUGUGUGUGUGGUGCUGCUGGGCCCAGGGCUCACGCUGCGCACGUGCUUUCAAGCUGGGCCGCGCCCUACACUUUCUUUCACUCUUUUUUUUAUUUUUAAUUUUUUAUUGUGGGUUGUUCAAAACAUUACAAAUUUCUUGACAUAUCA